UUAAGUCUGUGUUAUGUUUCCAGAUACAUGGUACGUACACUAUAAUCACGGAAUAUUCUUUUGAUAGAUACUAAGUUUUAUUUACUUGGCUUUGAUAUCAUGUUCUACGUAGCAAUCCUUAGCAAUGAAAGCAUUUAUACGUUUUCCCUAUUGGUGAUAAUGAAAUUUCCUCGUUUUGUUGAGGAUUUGCCUAAAUUCAUAAAUAUGAAAACAAUUAGUCAAUUUUUGCAGGUUAGUCAGUGUUUUUGGAGUCAUUGCUACACACAAGAGCAAUGUCCGAAUUUGAAAAGCAAGAUGGUACAAGCGGUAAACUACAGUGCUUUAGAUUCGUUCAUUCAUGGCAAAUACAGCAAUGCACGCCUUUGCCCCAUCAAAUUUAACUAGUAAAUUUGUAUCUUUAUGUUACAUGUAAAAUCUAAAAUACAUCAUUUUCAUAAAUUAUGUACACAUUACAAG